UCUGCUUCCGAUGCCAAAAUCCACGCUACCAACUCCCCACUUCGUCGAUUUGUGCUUCGCAUCGCUUUCUCCGUCGCCUUCCUCUUUUACUCCCCCUCUCACUCACUGCUGAAGCGUGGUCACGAAGAGUUAGAGAGAACUAGCUGCAUGACUAGUGCUCUACAGCUCUUGUACGUAUUGAGGUCUCCAAAUCGCAGAAAUCAGGAACCGAUCGGCGCGCUCGAGAGUGAUCAUACCGAUCGGGAUCCGGAUGUGCGCCGCAGCGGGCGAGAUAGCCGCCGCGGUAACCGAAUAGAGGAUGGUGAUCACUCACGGCGGUCCCGUGGCGGAGUUUCCAGUGGCCGGCACCCCAAAAGUUGCGGCUCGCAUAUGGAACGUGAACUAGGAAGAAGAUCAAGUCGCAAUGGCAGUGGCAACAGCAGUAAUGGAGGAGUUUCUAAUACCAUGCUAACUCACCUGGGACUAACUAGAAAUGACCAGCUUCCCUGCGCCGUAGAACAGGCAAGAAAAAGGCUUUUAGAAAGACUUCAAAGCGUUUCGCUUACAGAUAACAGGCAAAGAUCCCCAAAUGAUGAAUCAGCACUUGUUGAUGGUUUUGAUAUUAAUAAUGCAAACCUGAGUCCUAACUCGAGCGUUCUGAAUAGCGAAUUAGCCAUAUCAAACAAGAAGAAAAUUCCAGCACUUCGUUGGGACGAUUUCUGUGCCAUGAAACGAGAAACUUUCAGGAGCUCUGAAGAAAAACAUGAAGAUGGAGUAAUGGCAGAACUGACUGAAUGUUGUAUAUGUUUGGAAGGAUUUAAGGAUGGAGAUUGGCUUAUCAAAUUAUGCUGCAGUCAUAAGUUCCACCCUUGUUGCUUGGAGCCAUGGCUUCGGUCCUCUGGUGAUUGCCCCUUAUGUAGGGCAGAUGUGAUCUGCUGAUAAUGGAAGCUUGACGCUCAAUAUAUAAAAAACUAGUUUUUGUACUUAGUUUCGUUUGGGACGACUUUCUUACUGCUCCUUAAAGCGACUUUUUAGUAUACUAGAAAAAUUAUGCUGCAGUCAUAAGGGUGUGCUGCUGCUUGAUUUUCACAGUUACAGAGUGUUCUUUGUGUUGAAAUAGAAAUGAAGAAGAUGAGACAUUUGGAGGUGGGAGAAACCUUAUUGUAACUGAUAGUACACAGUCUCAAGUUUUUAUUUUGAUAGUGUCUUCACCGUACAACUGAUCAAAGAAGAAUUAAUGUGAAGAGUUUGAUAGUGUUCUUUCCUCUAA